ACGUCUGUGACCUUAACCUCAUUCUUUUAGUUUACAUGUGUGUACAUGGUGUGUACACAACACAGUACAAAUCAUUUUCAAAAUAUAUCGUACAUUCUUCAUUGACGAUUGAUGAUGGAUGAUGGAAACUAUAUCCCAGUGUGAAAAUGCCAGGAAGUAGAAUAUUCCUCCCUUGCCGGGGGCUGGGCUACGUCAGUAACCACAUACCCAUACAAGUGAGGUACAUCAAAAGCAGACAAGAAAAUCUUAUCAUAACAUGCGUGGGGAAAUCGUUUCACACUUACGGAAUAUCCCAUUUCGGGCUCCUGAGCGUGAGUGGCUUGCAUCCCUCAGAUAUAACCAGCAUGACUGCCGAUGCCUACCAUGUUUACACUGCUUGUGAGAGCAAUAUUUAUGCCUGGCGAAGAGGCACAGAAUUGAAACACACCUACAAGGGCCACACAAAGAAUGUACACCUUAUGAUACCAUUUGGAGCCCAUCUGAUAUCUGUAGAUGAAGGCAGUAAUGUGAAAGUGUGGGAUAUAAAAGCAGAAGUUGUUCAUCUGGAACUGACAUUUAGUGCUAAAACUUUCAACAUUAGUGCCUUGAUGCACCCAAGUACCUACAUAAAUAAAAUACUGUUUGCUAGUGACAAGGGGGAGAUGCAAUUAUGGAACAUUAACAGUGGAAAGUUGGUUUACUCUUUCAAGGGCUGGAAUGCAGGGAUUUCUUGUAUAGAACAGGCCCCAGCCAUUGAUGUGAUUGCAAUAGGCUUGACUACUGGUAGAAUAAUAUUGCACAACAUCAAGUUUGAUGAGACUGUCAUGGAAUUCAUGCAGGACUGGGGCCUUGUAACUUCAAUUUCCUUCAGGUCAGAUGGACAUCCUAUAAUGGCUACUGGGAGUGUUCUGGGGCACAUUGUCUUUUGGGAUUUGGAUGAGAGAAAAGUUUCAAGUCAACUACUGGCUGCUCAUGAUAGUGCUGUAACAGGAAUGGUUUGUUUGUCAAAUGAGCCACUUAUCCUUACUUCUUCUCCAGACAAUACUUUGAAAUUAUGGAUUUUUGAUAUGACUGAUGGUGGAGCCAGACUUUUGAGAUUGAGAGAAGGUCAUUCUGCUACACCAAAAUACAUUCGUUUUCAUGGUGCUAAUGGCCACAACAUUUUAAGUUGUGCAGCAGACUCUACUCUCAGAAUUUUCAAUACACAAACAGAGCAGUUCAAUAAAAGUCUAGGCAAAGCUUCCUACAACAGAAAGAGAAGCAAAAAAAGGGGCAGAGCAGUAGAGGAUCCUUUGAAGAUGCCUCCCAUUGUGCAGUUCACUUCUGAGACAACCAGAGAAAAAGAGUGGGACAAUAUAGCUGCUAUCCAUUCUGGUCUGGCAGUGGUAACAACUUGGUCAUAUGAUAAAAUCAAGAUGGGGGAUCUGAAGUUGUUGCCUGAAAGAUUUAGGAAGAAAAAUGUUGAUGUCAAUUUGGAUGUGGUGGCAACUUGUGUUUGCCUUACACACUGUGGAAAUUUUGUCCUGGUUGGGUAUAACACAGGACAUGUAGACAGGUUUAAUAUGCAAUCAGGUGCAUGGAGAGAUUCCUAUGGAAAUUCCAAGGUUUAUGAUAGUCCUAUUAGAGGAGUUGGAACUGAUUCUUUGAAUCAGAUUGUAAUUACUGGUGGUGAUGACCAUAAAAUCAAAUUCUGGAGAUUCAAAAACAAAGGUACCGAUCCGCUGACCAUCAUCACCUUGGAGGAACCCAUCUGCUUUUUCCGCCAGCACCAAGAGAGCUCGAUGCUGGCGGCCGCCCUGGCCGACUUCACCAUCGCCAUAAUCGACUACGACACGCGCAGAGUGGUGAGAAAAUUCGCGGGGCACACUGCCCAACUCACCGACGCCGCCCUUAGUCCCGAUUCCCGUUGGUUGAUCACCUCGUCCAUGGACUGCUCGAUACGCACGUGGGACAUUCCGACGGGUGGAUUGGUCGACCAGUUCAAGACCGACGCGGCUUGUGUUUCGUUGAGCAUGUCGCCGACUGGGGAGGCGCUGGUUACUGCGCAUGUCGACUACUUGGGGAUGUUCCUGUGGACCAACAGGACCUUAUAUGAGAGAGUUACGCUGCAAACCUUGUCAGCUACCGAUGAUCCACCGCUGGUGACCUUGCCAGAAUGCCGGCAUGAACCUUCAGAACAAGAAGAAGAACAAAUCAGAGAAGAAGAACCGGAAUUCGUCUCUCCCGAGCAGAUCAGCAAGGAUCUUAUAACGCUCUCCGGUCUGUCCACUUCCAGGUGGCAGAACUUAUUAGACAUCGAGCUGAUCAAGAAGAGAAAUAAACCCAAAGAUCCCCCAAAGGCUCCUAAAGCCGCUCCUUUCUUCCUUCCAACUGUCGCAUCCCUGAAUAACAUACAAUUCGACUUGGAAGCUAGCAAGACCGAGGGUAGUAGAUUCAUGACCCCAGUGACGUUAGUGAAUUUGUCCGAAUUCGGUAAAAUGCUCCAGGGUACGAUUAGUACCAACGAUUUCCACCAGGUGAUUGAUAAACUGAAAACUCUUGGUCCGUCUAUGAUAGACUUUGAGAUAAAAUGUCUGGCACCUGAGGGUGGAGGUUCUGUUGAUGUAAUGUUACAGUUUUUGAAGUGUGUCGAAUUUAUGUUGAAAUCUAAUAAGGACUUUGAGCUGGCCGAAGCUUAUUUGGGGGUUUUCUUGAAAUCGCAUGGGAAUCUGAUGGCGAAAGAAGAGAUUUUGAGGAACUAUUUGCCUAAUAUCAGGAGCUGCCAUUCUGUGACCUGGGAAAGGUUACAAGAAAAAUUGUUUUAUUGCACUUGCGUGGUGCAGAAUCUGAAGACAAUGUAAUUGUUUGAAUAAAGUGAAAGACGGUGUUUUGU